AUGGGGUCCCUGCUCCACCGAGCUAUCAGCUCGGCACCUGAGAUCGAUAGAAUGUUCGAGGCCACGCAGCAACCUCCAUUCACCCAGCGCAUCUUGGAGACGUACGUUCCGAACGUGAAGAUAAGAGUUCCAACUUAUGAUGGAACAAAGGAUCCAGUACAGCAUCUGACCUCGUUCAUGGCUACCAUCUCCAAAGCUAGGUUCACCGAAGAGCAGAAAGACGCCGGCCAGUGCCAACUGUUCAUCGACAGCCUGGUAGAGAACGCACUGAUAUGGUUUUCCCAUAUCCCCCCGGGCACAAUCGACUGUUUCGAACAACUGUCGACAGCCUUCCUACGGAAUUAUCGGGUGUUCAUACAACGCAACGCCUCUAGUGCCGAGCUCUGGGAGAUAGUCCAAGAACCCGACGAACCACUUUGGAAGUACCUCACCCGAUUCAAGGAAAAGUACGCCACCAUAACGGUCGCUGAGGACGUUGCAAUCGCUGCCUUCAAGAAAGGACUCAUUCCCGGCUCCCGACUGCAUGUAGAUCUCAAUAUCAGGGAGGCCACUGACCUGGAUGAAGCCCUUCAUCGAGGAUCUCGCGUCGCUUACGUUGAAGAAGACGAGAAGAAACGAGCCAAUAAGCUCCCUCCUCCUCGCCCAGCCGUGGCUAAAGAAAAAAGUCGAGAAACCAAUUAG